AUGCAGCCCAUCAGAGGCGCCCAGGCCGCCGGGGCUCCGCCCCCCACGUCCCUGCGUGCGCGUCACCGGGCCCGCUGCGCCGGCUCCUCGGUCCUUGGCCUCUCAUUGCGCAGGCGUGACGGCUCCUCGGCGCCAGCCAGGCUGGAAGUGUUUUUCAGUUUUCAAAGCAGCUGUCGGGGCCAAAAGGAAGUUCCUGGAGGAGAGGAACCAGCACCCCCACACCCGCCCCAGGACCACAGGGGCAGAGGCACGGGCCCGCAGGUUUCGGGACCAAAGACCUUGGCUGGGGCUCCGUCCGCGAGGAAGCACCCCCACCCCGGCCCAGGCGCUGGAUUGCCGGGGUACCGCCCCCGCUCAGGGCUACCUCCAUUGUCUCCGGGCCUAGGGAAAGGCUUAGGGAGCCCCAGUGACUACAGAUCAGGCUACGGCUCCCCCAGUGGCCUGGGAGCAGGAUUUGGGAACCGGAACGGGAAUGGUCUGGGAGCCCAGCCAGGCAUUGGAGGGGGUGUGAAACUUCAGAAGCCAGGGUUUGGAAAUGGAAAUGGGCUGGCAGCAGGGGCCUUCCCAGGUGCUGUGGCCCAGCCAGGUUUUGGAGGUGGUGUGAAACCCCAGAAGCCAGUAUAUGGAAAUGGACUGGGAGCUGGUGCCUUCCCAGGACUGGGAGUCCAGCCCGGCCCUGUGGCUCAGAAUGGUGGCCAGGGACCAGGAUUCGGCAAUGGGAAUGGCAUGGGAGUCAGAGCCCAGCCAGGAUUCAGGAAUGGGAAUGGGCUGGGAGGUGGCGCCUUCCCAGGAGCAGGAGCCCAACCAGGUCCUGCAACUCAAAAUGGCUACGGACCAGGCUUUGGAGGGGGUAUGAAGCCCUGGAAGCUAGGCCUAGUGACCCAGAACGGAUAUGGAGCAGGCUUUGGCGGGGGCAUGAAGCCCCAGAAGCCAGGAUUUGGGAAUGGCAACGGGCUGGGAGCCCAGCCAGGCCCUGCGGUUCCCAUGGGCUACGGACCAGGAAUCGGUGAGGGCGGGAAGCCAAGGAAGCCAGUUUACAGGAAUGGGCUGGGAGCCAGAGUCUUCCCAAGCCAGGGGGUCCCUCCAGCCCUGGGAAGGGGCCUGAGCCCUCCAAAGCCAGGAUACAUGCCAGGGCCUGGGCUGCUGCUCCCAGCACGAUAUGGCAACGGAAAUGGGGCGGGGGCCCAGCCAGCACCGACUCCAGCCAUCCAGUGGGGGCUGAAACCUCAGAAAGCAGGAUACCAGCCCCUGAAUGGCUAUGGACCAGGAACAGAACUGGGCUUUGGUGGUGGCCUCAAGCCUCAGAAAGUCGGUUUUGCUUACGGGAACGGUCUGGGAGCUGGGGUCUUCCCUGAGGCCCACCUGCAGCCAGAGUUCCCCGGGGCCAAUGGCUUUAGGAAUGGAUAUGGGGAGGAAGCACCAGUGUACACCAAAGCAGCAGUUCCAGGUCCUGAAGGAAAUGGUCAGGCCGGGGCCCUAAGGGGCUCUUCUUGGCCCUCCCUGCAGCCCUGGGGGCUUGCCUUAAAGCCUGGAUAUGGGACUGGAGGCGCAUAUCCAGGGAUCGGGAGCCAACCAGCGACCUAUGGACAGCUGAGGCCAGAGCUGGGCCCUGGACCCUUCGGCAGCCCUGAGGUGAAAAGAGGCAGCAGCGGCCCACUGGAAAAUGGCUAUGGAGGCCACUGCCCUCUUGGGAAAUGCUGAGCACCGAGACCCUUCCACUGAGUGCCUCUCUACCACAGCCUGGUGUGUUGGGCAAGGACGGCCAGACUCUGGGGCUUGGCUUCUGGCCUGGGGUCUCCUGCGGGCUGAAAAUAUUAAUAAAGGCGACAUGCUUCCC